AUGGAGUCAGAAAUCAGAACACAGAUCCCCAACAUCGAUCCGGUCCUGUCCGAGUACUCGGCGGGCUACCUGACGCAUGCUGCCAACCAGUUCACGUCCGAUUCGGACCCUAACGCCCCUUCACCGCUGGACGAAGCCGCAGCCACUGUGAGCGCACUGCUCUUAUCCGCGUCCGGGGACAUCUCGACCGAGAACCAGGCAGCCAUCCAGAAUCUUGUCGACAAGUUCAUUGCCCGUUUGAGCUCGGCCAAUGGCGCCGACGGGGAGCGUCGCCAGAUGGCGCCUUCUGCCAAGAAACUCGAUCAGGCUAUUCACGUGGGGUCCUCGAGAAACAUGUCGUCAACCAUGGGUCUAGCAGGCGGUGCUGUAGAUCUCGAGUCUGCCAACACCCGCAAGGUUGAGUCUAGGGUCGAUCGUAAGAAGCUUGAGAAAGCCGAGCGCAAACUGCGUGCCAAGCAGGACCGUAAAGAGUUCAAGAAUGUCGAAUACGAGGCCUCGAAGCUUCUCCACGAGCCCAAUGAGGCGCAGAGCUACGAGGAGUUCUACAUGGCUGUCAACCCGCUGCAACUGGGCGAUUCCGCCAAUAAGAGCAAAGACAUCAAGAUUGAUAGCUUUGAUCUUUCCAUGCCUGGCCUGCGUAUCCUGACUGACAGUUCUCUGACACUUGCGUACGGCCGAAGAUAUGGUCUUGUUGGUCAGAACGGCAUUGGUAAAUCGACAUUGCUGAGGGCACUUUCUCGUCGAGAGGUGGCCAUUCCAACGCAUAUUUCGAUUCUCCACGUAGAGCAAGAGAUCACUGGCGACGACACGCCAGCACUGCAGGCUGUAUUGGAUGCCGAUGUGUGGCGGAAGCAUCUCCUCAAAGAGCAAGAUAAAAUUUCCAAGGAACUUGCCGAUAUUGAAGCGGAGCGGGCUACCAUGGCAGACACUUCAGCUGAUGCUGCAAGACUAGACCAACAGCGCGAGGGUCUUGACACUACCCUAAGUGACAUUCACGCUAAGCUUGCAGAGAUGGAGUCCGAUAAGGCUGAGUCCAGAGCUGCCAGUAUUCUUGCUGGUCUUGGUUUCUCACAAGAGCGCCAGCAGUUUGCCACAAAGACGUUUUCCGGAGGAUGGCGAAUGCGAUUGGCAUUGGCGCGUGCCCUCUUCUGCGAACCUGACUUGCUUCUUCUCGACGAACCGUCCAACAUGUUGGACGUUCCCUCCAUCACGUUCUUGGCAAACUAUUUGCAAGGCUACCCAAGCACUGUCCUCGUCGUAUCUCACGACCGAGCGUUCCUAAACGAAGUCGCCACAGACAUUAUCCAUCAGCACUCUGAGCGCCUUGACUACUACAAGGGUGGUAACUUUGAUUCCUUCUAUGCGACCAAGGAAGAGCGGCGCAAGACGGCGGUGCGAGAGUAUGAGAAGCAGAUGGCCGAACGGGCGCAUUUGCAGGCUUUCAUUGACAAGUUCCGUUACAACGCGGCCAAGUCUUCGGAAGCUCAGUCGAGGAUUAAGAAGUUGGAGAGGAUGCCUGUGCUGACGGCUCCCGAGGCCGAGUACUCUGUCCACUUCAAGUUCCCCGAGGUGGAGAAGCUGUCGCCUCCGAUCAUCCAGAUGAGCGGCGUGACAUUUGGAUACACGCCAGAUAAGAUUCUGUUGAAAAACGUAGAUCUUGACGUGCAGCUUGACUCGCGUAUCGGUAUAGUUGGGCCCAAUGGUGCGGGCAAAACGACUGCACUGAAGCUACUGAUUGGCGCACUGGAACCAACCACGGGCAUCAUCUCACAAAACCCGCGACUACGCGUGGGUUUCUUCGCACAGCAUCACGUCGACGCAUUGGACUUGAAUGAUAGCGCCGUGGGAUUCAUGUCCAAGAAGUACCACGGAAAGGCGGAUGAAGAGUACCGCCGCCAUCUUGGUGCCUUUGGCAUCACGGGCAUGACGGGUCUGCAGAAGAUGGCACUGCUAUCUGGAGGGCAAAAAUCGCGUGUCGCGUUUGCAUGCCUGGCCCUCCAGAAUCCACACAUCCUGGUGCUGGACGAGCCGUCGAAUCACUUGGACAUUGAAGCUAUGGACGCGCUGUCGGACGCAUUGAAAAACUUCCAGGGCGGUGUGCUCAUGGUCAGUCACGACGUGACGAUGCUGCAGAACGUAUGCACAAGUUUGUGGGUGUGCGACAAUGGAACGAUUGAGCACUUUGACGGCACAGUGAAGGACUACAAGCGACGUAUCACUGCACAGGCAAAUGAGGCGGGUGUCGCUCCCGACCCAGACGGCUUGUCCGUAGUCACUCAUUUGUCUCCGACUCGCAGCAAUCGCUCUCCGUCUGCCUCGCCGUAUCUCGUCACUGCUUCCGCAGAGAGCGCCUUGGAAUCACCCACAGCCGGCGAAUCACCAUAUCCCCCUCCUUUCUCCUCUCUCUACUUCCCGUCUGAGGACGCCGAGGAACGGAACAAGUCCCAAGAAUCCCCAGAGGACGACUCACCGCCUGCAUUCACCUCUGCGCCGCCAUUUACCCAGUCGUCGUCUUCGGCUGCCGCUGUAGCUGCUACCAAAGCUGCGCUUCCAAACGACACCAAGGACGGCUCUAGCAGCAAGGACAUCGACGACGGAGAACCACCGCCACCUUACAGUGAAGGAUUCAGCCCACUCGAGUCGUUUACCUACGUCAUGGCAUCUGCAGGAGGUCCCGCGAGUAUCAUUACUCAGGUCUCGCAAACAAGCGCCGGCCCGCCCAUCAACACGCUCGGUGGAUCUGAUGAGAACAUUACGUUGGAGUUGAGGGGCACGCGAUUCACCCUGUCGCGUGAUGAGCUUCUAACCCUCCCCGAGUUUGUUCUCCUCUCGCUCUUUCCCAAUGGCCUGCUUCCUGAUGGCCACAUGAACUCCUAUCAUGAAGGAGACGUAUACCCAGUCGACGUUGGUACCCCUGUUUCUUCUUCCUCGUCCCCACCCUCUCCCCCAGUUUCACAGGCCACAAUAGCCAGGAUCCUAGACCAUCUUUCCAAUCCCGCAUUAUACUUAUCUGACAAUCUCUAUUCUUCACAGUAUGAUCCCAAUUCUUUGCAGUACAUGCUAGAGUUCUUCCGCAAUGUAGCUCAGACCAUCCCCGCACCGCCUUCCCCGACGACCACGCCAGAGCACCCUGCCGAAGCUGUCCCUAUCGAGCCCAUGCACGGCUCUGCAAGAGACAUGCUCCAGGACCGCGCCGGUAUCAUUGUUCUCCGCGAGGACCUUGACUUUUAUGCCAUCCCACCACACCGAGACAUCACCCAACCGGAGAUGAUUGAGGUCAAGCGCGCUGCAGGUGAAGCUUUGUUACGGCAAGACGGCAUUUUCUCUGGACUCAGGAAGAGCGAGGAACCAGGCACGACCGAGCAGCAUCUGAUUGAGAUGUUGACUGCAGGCGGCUUCAACCACGAUGAUCGAUGGGGCCACCGUGCCGGCGAACCCAACAAGGCCGUCAUCUGCAGUAUCGCACUCGCACGCUUGAGGACCGACAUCAAAGGCAACGAUCUUGCUAACAGCAACGCUGUCGGAAUGGCGCAGAAGCUGCUUCUCUUCUGGAGGAAACCGGCUCGUCGCUGCUGGUGGGAAGGAGUGGAGCUCGAGAACGUUAGGGGUGUCGAGGGCAAGCUCAAGGUGUGGAUAAGGCGGGUUUGGACGCUGGAAAUGAGCGUCAUUGGCCUUCGUUGA